AUGUCUUCUCCACGAAAAUUACAAGCAUCUUAUCAAGCCAAUAAUCCUGAAAAGAAUUCCAAAUCGUUAUUGGAAGUUAUCUUCGGCCCUGAUAUUACUGAUUGGUCAUUUUCUGAAGAGGCUUUAAUUAGAGCUCUUGAUUAUAAAGUUGAAAGUGAAAAAACUAAACAACAAUAUUACAAAUUUGAAGUUAUAAACAGAUCAAUUGAAUUACUAAAAAUAGCUAAAACUAUGGGCCUUUCCAAUUCUGAAAUAAUAAGUCUAUUUAAGAAUGAAAUCUUACCAUUAACUGGUAAUGUCGGAGCUUUAAAUACGAAAAAUUUGGGACCUAUUUUAGAAAAUAUAACUACAACCCCAACAUCAUCUUCAGAUUCAACUUCAUUUCAAAAUUCAAAAUUACAUAUUUCUAAUUUCAGUACUAACGGUGGGACUCUUAAUGGCUAUCAACAUCGUGAUCUUUUACAACCUUUGUCUUCAAAUAAACCAAUGGAUAGUGCAAAAUUAAUUUCUAAACCUCAUAUUAUUCCAAGUCAUGAUAUAAGCCCGCAUGGAAAAUUAGGUCCUUCUUUUAUUCCAAGCCCGAGUGGUCUAAAUUCUAUAUCUCUUCCUAUUAAUCAACAUCAAAGGGGGACUUCUUUAUCAGGUGAUGCAUCAAAUAAUAAUUUCUUCCAAUAUAAAUUUCCUUCAUCUGCUGAGACUAUUCCAAACUUAAAAACUUUAAACGGUAAUAGUACGCAUACAAAAAGUAAUAGUACUAAUUCGGUGGAUUCUCAUAAAUUUGAUUCAUUGAAUAAAUUAAGUGAAACAGCUGCACAUGUCAGAGAGUAUAGAAGAAACUUGGAGCAACUUCGAGAGGGGCCCAAUCCUGAUAAUGAUGAUUCUACUUUGAAGUACAAUCCCAAAGGCUUAGAAAUUAAAAUACCAACUAAAGUUGGACAAACGCCAGGCCGUGAUGGUUCAAUAUCGAGUAAUCUACGAAGUCCUAGAAUCAUACAGCAAAGUGACAAAACUAACACAAUUGCCAGUAUAUGUAACAGUAAUACAAAUAGUCCAAGUACAACGAUAGAAAGUAAACAUUUAAGUUAUGAGCCUUCUCUACAUGACGGGGCUUCUAAUAAUACACAAUUAUUACCUAUUAAUAGAUAUCCUGCAUCCUCUUCUAUUCCAUCUGCAAUGACAUCGAUUUUGGCAUUUACAAAGGAAUCUGAGCCCUCAAAAACAAAUACUACUAAUUCAACAACUUCUGGUGGGAAUUCUAAUAAUAACCGCACGGUAACAGCUACUCCUGCCUCAACUGCAAGUUCUACUACACCCAGCAGUAAUGGUAUUCCCCAAGCCCCUAAAGAAAAUAAGGAAGAUGUAAAUAUUAAAGUAACAUCUAGUAAUACAAAUAGCUCAGUUAAUAACAAUUCAAAAAUUCAUAAUCCGCUUACAGCAACUAUAAGGAAGCCAGGAAGUGUUCAAAAGCAAAAACAUAAAAGGAAUAAAUCUUCUUCAUCGUUUGGGGUAAUAGAUUUAAAGGUAAUUGAAGAAAUUAAACAAAAGCCUGCAGAAGGUCAGAAUACCACUGUAGAUCGAAAUGCACCAUCAGAAUCACAUCAAACUUUGCAUGAAGUUACUACUAAAGAUGAAGCAGAAAAACAGAAAAUAUAA